AGCGUUCGGGUUUUGAUUUUCAAUUGCUUCGAGUCGCUUCGAGUGGUUCGUAAAUAACUCGGUUGUAUUCGGUCGUGACAGCGGAUUCCCUUGAUUAACCAACCUUCGUUCCCUUCAGGUAUUUAUGGCAGGUCGAGGUUCAUAUCGAAUUACUCCUACUGGAAUAACACCAAGGAAUAACAUGGCGGCGUAUGGUGGUGGUGAUUAUUACGCAGGAUAUCCACCGUCACAACAACAGCCUUCAGCUCCGAUAGGAUUUGAGCUUCAUUCACACAGCAAUCAGCCUCCAUCUUCAGCUUAUCCUCCAAGAGAUGACUUGUAUAGACCACCACAACAACACUACCCUCCUUCUCAAUAUCCACCUCCUUCAGGGCAACAACCUUCUGGUCAAGACUACAGCCAUGGAGGUCCUUCACGCCCUGUAUCUUCCCCUAACCUCCCUCCUGUAGGGUUCGAAGGUGAGAUACUGUCUUCUGGCGAGAGUAGGAUUCGUCCUUCAUCUCAAGACACUAGUGAUGGUGCUAGCAGACCGACAUAUCGUGUUAAAGAACAAACAAGACAUACUGAAACUCUAUUCUUUAAGACAGACCCCGCAAAGAGAAUAGAUUAUGUCCUUGCUUAUGAGAUUAACACAGCCAAACCUUAUGAAUGGCAGCAAAAACGUGAGGAAAAACGGAAAGCAUUUGAAAAAAGUUUGAUAGACUUUGGACUCAAAUUAGAGAAAGUUGGCGAGGAGGAGUCUAGCAAUGGAAGGACAGCAUUCGUAAAAGUUCAUGCUCCAUGGAAAGUGUUGGCAAAGAUAGCUGAGGAAAUGAUGAUGAAGAUGCCUAUUAGUCUCAAUGACAUGGAUACAUCUGAUUGGACAGAGAGAUGUUUUGACUGCAUUGGAAUUCGGAAUCCUUUUGAGCUCCGCAAUGAGGAUCUUCCAGAAGAAAGGAAUUACUUUACUGGUGCAUUCAGACAAGACAAAAUGAGCAAGUUCCUUAUUGAAGAUAGGGAUACAUUCUUUUCACAAGCUCAGCGGGGAAGAAUUGUGUACACACUCUUGCAAAGAGCAAAAUAUGGCAGCAACAAAACAACUCAAGUUGGUAUUGAGAGACUAAUUGCCAAUGGUACCUAUGCUGCAGCAUAUCCAUUACAUGAGGGCAACUACAAAAUGGAGCAGUCGAUGUUGACCCAUAAACCAGAGAAUGAGAGGCAGCUUCUGUAUGAAGUCUGGGCUUCUCCAAAGAGAUGGUACCAAAUGCAACCACUAGAUCAGAUAAGUAAUUACUUUGGCGAGAAGAUUGGUCUGUACUUUGCAUGGCUAGGAUUCUAUACUGGUAUGCUUGUACCUGCAGCCUUGGUUGGUUUAGUAGUCUUGAUAUAUGGAGGAGCAAACCUGGCCAGCUAUACUCCUGCUAUAGACAUCUGCAAUGAAACUAAAAAGUUGGACUAUCCCAUGUGUCCACGUUGUGACCAAAAGUGUCCUUACUGGGCUCUGUAUGAUACGUGUGUCUACUCAAAGGUGACCUAUGUAUUUGACAAUGAGUUCACACCCAUUUUUGCCAUCUUCAUGUCUAUUUGGGCCACUAUGUUCCUUGAGUUCUGGAAAAGACGACAAGCUGAAAUCAGCUAUGAGUGGGAUUUGAUGAACUUUGAGGAUGAAGAAGAAAGACCUCGUGUGGAAUAUGAAACCAAGGCCAAAGAAAAACGAAUCAAUCCCAUCACCAAGAACGAAGAGCCUUAUCUUCAUUUCAGAACAAAAUUGCCUCGGUUUACCUGCAGCUGGACGUUCAUAUGCUUCAUGUUGAUGCUUGUGGUUGCAGCAGUACUAGGCGUGGUCUUCUACAGGGUGUCGGUCUAUGCUUCCCUGAUAACGAGUGAAGGUUAUGAAGGCAACAUGGGUGCAAUCAGUAUGGCUACGUCUGCUACCGCUGCCAUAAUCAACUUGGUCAUAAUUAUUUUCUUGAACAAGCUGUAUGAGAGGUUGGCAUUUAUAUUCACAAACUGGGAAAUGCCAAGGACCCAGACACAGUACGAAGACAACUUCACCUUCAAGAUGUAUCUGUUCCAGUUCGUUAACUACUAUUCUUCCCUGUUUUACAUCGCAUUUGGAAAACUAAAUCCUGGUCCUCCAGGAAACUAUAACCGCGUUCUUGGCAGCAAGGAAAACGAGGAUGGCUUCAGACAAGAAGAGUGUAAUCCCGCUGGCUGUCUGUUUGAGCUGUUGCUUCAGCUCGCCAUCAUCAUGGUUGGUAAACAAAUCCUCAACAACCUUCUGGAAAUAGUGUUACCGAAGUUAAAGAAUUGGUGGAAAUCUCGAAAAAACCUUGAGCCGCCAGAUCUUUCCGGUUACACGAGAUGGGAGCUGGAUUACGACUUGUACGACUAUCCAAAAUACGGGCUGUUCUACGAGUACCUCGAGAUGGUUAUCCAGUUUGGUUUCAUUACCAUCUUUGUGACGGCAUUUCCCCUCGGCCCACUCUUCGCGCUCAUCAACAAUCUGAUCGAAAUUCGACUGGACGCCUACAAGUUUGUCUGUGUUUUCAGAAGGCCAAUGGCAGCUCGAGCGCAAGAUAUAGGUAUAUGGUACGCUAUAUUGAACGGUGUUACCAAACUAUCCGUCGUGGUUAACGCUUUUGUUAUAGCAUUUGUAUCGGAGUUUGUCCCCCGUUUAUACUACCGCUACGGUGGCGAUGGCCAUGACGAUUUGACAGGCUUCCUUGACAGCAGCCUUUCGUGCUUUGCGAUCUCUAACUUUACCGAUAAAGAACGACCGGAUUCAGAUUUAAGUAAAGGGAAUUUUAACCCGGAUAGCUGUGGCCUCGGAGUACCGACUUGCAGAUUCCGUGGAUACUACGAGCCUCCUUUCCUUCUGAUUGGCGGUGUGAACGUCACCAACCCUAAUGGCUUUACGACAUCCAAGGCACACUGGCACAUCGUGGCUGCCAAGCUCUUCUUUGUCAUCGCAUUCUUACACAUCGUCUUCGCAGUGACCAGUCUCCUUGCAUGGCUCAUCCCAGACGUGCCAAAGACAGUAUCCAAUCAGGUGAAACGAGAAAACUUCCUAGCCCGUGAAGCCUUGCGAACCCAGGAGCUGCCAACCGUCGAUAAUGACUAGUAGGAAGGUAGUUUUGUACAAAUAGUAGUAAGUAAUCGUGUAAUCGUUUUUUAAGCUGAAAUGAAAGUUGGAAAUGAGUUUAAA